CCGACUGGAGGUUUACUCAGAGUAACUUUUUCCAGCUAACAGCUGUCAGAGAGUCGUUUAUGUCUGCCAUAUUUGUCUAUAAGUAGCGCUCGGCUUAACUUUAAGAGUGUUUUAAUAAAUGUACAGAGCAGCGAAGAAGAGAAGACCAUCCAGCGAAUGAGUGUCCGGACACUUUCAUCCACGUCUUCAGCUGGGAUCCAGACCGACAGACUCCCUGGUUGUCUGCUGAAUCGCACAAAGAGUCCUCCAAGAUGGUGUUGUCCUCACCACACUCCUACGGACUUAAGUAUAUGUCUCUGGGGGUGCUGGUGCUACAGACUACCUCACUGGUGCUCACCAUGCGCUACUCCCGCACCCUGAAGGAAGACGGCCCGCGUUACCUGGCCUCCUCUGCUGUGGUGUCGACCGAGGUGCUCAAGAUCCUCGUCUGCACCCUCCUCGUCUUCAAGGAGAGCAAUUUCAGUCCACGGCUACUGAAGGAGGAGAUUGUGAACAAACCCGUGGAGACCAUGAAGCUGGCGAUUCCUGCAGGGAUCUACACGCUGCAGAACAAUCUGCUCUAUGUUGCCUUAUCCAACCUGGACGCAGCCACCUAUCAGGUCACAUACCAGCUCAAGAUCCUCACCACAGCGUUGUUUUCUGUCUCUAUGCUGGGGAAGAGGUUGGGCUUCUACCAGUGGCUCUCCCUGCUCGUACUAAUGGCUGGAGUCACUCUAGUGCAGUGGCCCACAGAGUCUGAAGGUGACUCUGAGCAGAAGAUCCUGACAGCAGGCUCCCAGUUUGUGGGACUGAUGGCUGUGCUGAUGGCCUGUGUGUCCAGUGGCUUCGCUGGCGUUUACUUUGAGAAAAUCCUCAAGGAGACCAAACAGAGUGUGUGGGUCCGCAACAUACAGCUGGGUUUGUUCGGCUCUGUGUUUGGCUUCUUAGGAAUGAUGGUUUAUGACAGCCAGAGGGUGAGCGAGUCGGGAAUGUUCCAGGGCUACAACACCAUCACCUGCACGGUCGUUGUCUUACAGGCUCUGGGCGGGUUGGUCAUAGCAGUGGUCAUUAAAUAUGCAGACAACAUCCUGAAAGGAUUCGCCACCUCUCUGUCCAUCAUCUUGUCCACAGUCAUUUCAUAUUUCCUGUUGGAGGACUUUAACCCUACAAGUGUAUUCUUCCUCGGGGCAAUGCUGGUUAUUGCUGCCACAUUUCUUUACAGCAUGGAGAGCAAACCUGCCAGCGGCAGCGCUGUCAAAGUAUAAACAGAUACCUCUGUGAAGAACUCUUCCUUACAGACGUAACGAUGGUACCUGACAGAGACAAGAGCAGGACUCUGUGAACUGUGUCAGCGAGUCUGGCACGAGGAAAUUAAGAAUGCAGGAAAUCCGAUAAAACCUGUUACUGCCAAACAACCACAGCUGGAGAUGGUUGAGGCUGAAUGUACCCACUCCUCUCCUCACGCUGGAAAAAUGCUGCUUUGCACAAACGAUGGGGGGUCAGUAAUAUGAAAAACAUUUGCUUUAUGUAUUUUUUAAAGGGGUUUUUUUAAGAAAUACGAACAGGAGUACAGUGGAGCAAACUUUACACGUCAACAAACAUUGUUGCAGUAAAACUAAUAUGCUGUAUGACAAUUAUCUGUCAGAUGUACUGUAAGAACAAUUUACAGAGACCAGGAGGAGAUUAUGAAGGCCUUGUGGAUAUUUGGGAAAAGAUUUUUAUAUAUUUAAAUAUAUUGUAUUUAUGUUUUGUGGGAUAUGGGAUGUUUUUACUUAACAGAAGGGCAUUAAUGGUGCUGGUAUCGCCUGUCUCAAAGAGAGGAAAAUCCUCAACAGAGCUUCCAUCUAGUGGUGGAAUGAGGCGCAAACUUGCUGCAAAGAGGAGGGGUUACCUUUGGUCAAAGAUGCUGAAUGUCCUUUUUAUAUGAGAUAAGAUAAGAUGGCAUAUGACUGCUUUGACCUUGCUGCUCACAGUCUGAGUAUUUUUUUUAUCAAAAACAUUCAUUGUUCUGUUAUUUAAAUGCAAAAUUGAGGCCUUUUGUGAGAACAAAUGAAUAAAUUAAAGCAUUUUGUGUU